GUAUAAGACGCCGGCGACGUUUCCCAUCAUUCACGUUUCCUUUCUCUUUGCUCAAACAUGGAUGCCGAAGAGAGAAUGGAGAAGAAAAGAAUCAACCUUUCAGGUGAUCUUUCCAACAGAGCGAUGGUCCAGAUAGAUCUUCAUCUUUUCCCACGGGAGAUUCUGCUCGAAAUCCUAUCGAGACUCCCGAUCACCUCUCUGAUCCACUUCAGGACCACUUCCCAUGCCGGCUAUGAUUUAAUCUCCGAUCCAAGACUCCCUCUGAUGUUCCGUAAUGGGGUAAGCGACUCAGAUCCAUGUCGGAUUCUGUUCAAGUACAAUACCCCUGUCUCCAGGGCCUUGCAACUCUAUUUUGUGGAUAGAGAGGGUUGUAGCAGAAGGGUUUGGAAAAUCGAUCCACCACAGUAGUCGAGAUUUAAUAGGCUGGUGGGUUCUUGUAACGGACUGUUAUGCUUAUCCUUAAUCGGUGGUUCAUUUUGUUUUUACAUUAUUUCAUUAAAUGUAUUUAAAUAAU